AUGUUUGGGCUUAAAAAACUUAUUAAAAAAUGUAUUUCACCAUCACCAUCGCCGGUCGACAAAAAUGAUGAAGAAAAGGAAGCGUUUCGUAAAUUAUUAGAAAGGAAAAAGCUUCUUCAACUCGAAGCUCUUGAGAUGAAGUUAGCCGCUUUCGCUGGGUUUAACCGUAAUAAUCCCAUAAAGUAUCAGUAUUUGACUAGAAAGAAACCAAGCAAGAAAAGCAACGUAACAAACUCUGAAGACUUUCGUGAUGAAAUCAACAAUAAUACCCAAGUAAAGGAAUUUUGCGAAACCCCAUCAUUUAUAAAGGGAACCAUGUUUGACUACCAGAUAGAUGGUUUGAACUGGAUGAUUUCUUUGCAUCGUAACGGUCUCAACGGUAUACUGGCCGAUGAGAUGGGUCUUGGAAAAACCAUUCAAUCAAUUUCAAUGCUCGGUUAUCUUAUGAAUAAAUGUCAAAUGAAAGGACCCUUUCUCGUAAUUGCACCUCUGACAACGUUAGAAAACUGGAUAAGAGAAAUAACUACAUUCCUUCCUUCUGCCAAAGCGUUACGAGCACACGCAUUAGGCGAUGAAAAAAUAGAAGUUUUACAAAAAUUGAAAAAUCCAAAGCGCUCAUGGCACGUCGCAGUCACUUCGUACCAAUUUUUUACCAACCACAAAUACCAUUUUCAAAAAGUAAACUUCUACUAUGCUAUCAUCGAUGAGGGCCACAUUGCGAAAAAUGAGAACACACGUUUUCCAAAGGCGCUUAAAUUGUGCAACAUUCAAAGUAUGAUUAUGCUGACGGGUACUCCGGUACACAACAAUUUACACGAGCUGUGGGCGCUGCUAAAUCUGCUCAUGCCAUUGUUUUUCAAUAACGCCCUAAGCUUUGAUUCAUGGUUCAAGGUGGAGGACUGUGUCGAUCCAACCCACGAGCAGACGAUUCGACUACAUAAUUUACUCAAGCCACUAAUGCUCCGUCGGACAAAGGACGUUGUAACGGCAAUCCCGUCAAAGGUACGCGUCAACAUUUAUGUGCCCCCAACGGAGCAAAUGUGUAUUUGGUCACACAAGUUGGCUAAUAACAACAUUAUGAAGGUAAACCCUGACGGAAGCCUGUCGCAGUUAUAUAUAGGAAACGUCUUCAUGCAAUUCCGGAAAAUGGUUCAGCAUCCUUUUCUCAUACCUGGUGGGGAACCGGAAACGUCCAAUUUUGUUACGAACGACAUCGUGGAGCACAGCGCCAAAAUGAUCGUGCUCGAUAAGUUACUGUCGCGGCUUCACAAGCGUGGUUCAAAAGUACUCAUAUUCAGCCAGUUCGUUUUGGUAUUGGAUGUCCUAAUGGAUUAUCUCGAUUGGCGUGGGUAUAAAUACUGCACACUGCAUGGCAAAACCACUUACGAGGAACGCGGGACGUACAUGGAAGAAUUUAACCGACCCGAUUCAGAUAAAUUUAUUUUCCUGCUGUCGACCCGGGCAGGUGGUCUUGGCAUAAACCUGGUCGCAGCCGACACCGUCAUCUUUUACGAUAUGGACUUCAAUCCGCAGUUGGACUACCAGGCUGAGGAUCGGGCACACCGGAUCGGACAGAGAAAAAAAGUGCACGUGUUCCGACUGCUCGUACGUGGUAGCAUUGACGAGCUGCUCUUUAAAUAUGCGGAACGCAAACGGCUACUGGACGAGUCGGUCAUAAAAAGGUCGACCCUUUCGAAACAUGCGAUACAAGAAGCUUUUGAAUUCCAGCUCACAUCAUUGACGUCGAAUGGUCUCAUCGAUAAAGUAGCAGUGGAUAGAGAACUGGACGAGCUUUUCGAACAGAUGAACACGCAGAUUGAUCCUGUUACGAAACUUCGAGGACUUCAGGAGGAUUGUUCUAUCAUAUUACCCGGCAUUGCUUGGAAACCCAGAUUUGACGUGGAGACCGAAGAGAAAAACUCACGAAAGAGAGCUAACAAUAGCGUAUCGCCUAUAUUAGGCAAGCGACGAAGAUUCAAUCCUUGA